AUGGGCUCCGGCACUUGGCUCCCGCUGCUCUUCACCCUCGGAGCUCUUUGGGAGCCGGUGGCCAGUCCCAACAUCCUGAUCCUCCAUCGGGAAUUGUCCAACGGCAGCUGCUCCCUCUCCCUUCUCUGCACCUCGGAGCGGGGGGACGAGGUUUCCUACAGCUGGGACAGCCAGAAUAACGGGACCAGGGGGAUCUGCUCCGGGAAUGGUAGAGUCCUGAACGUUUCCUAUUCCCUACGGAACGCCAGCGUCCGCUGCGUCUGCACUGCCAGGAAUCGCGUCAGCAGCCGCGACGUGGCCUUCGACUCUUCCCAGUGCGGCUCCGAGCAGCGGGGUGUCCCCGGGGUGAGGACAGAACUCCUCGUGCCGCUGGUGGCUCUCGGUGUCAUCGUUAUUGUCAUCGUGGCCAUCAUCACCUUCAGGGCCACCCACUCGGCCAAACGUUUGCAGGUCCCCUCCCAGGUGACUCCAGACAGUGCCACCAGCGCCACCAUCUAUGCCCAGGUGCAGAAGCCCAAAGGGACCGUCACCAACACCACCCCUGUGUCAUGCACCACCAUCUACGCCGCGGCCACCGGGCCACCUCUGGCCACCGACGGAGCCCCCCGGUCCCCGGCAGCGUCACCAAACCCAUGGGGACACCCCCAGGACACCACCACAGUUUAUGCCAGCGUGACUCUUCCCAUGGCCUGAGCCUCUCCUGGGAUCCGCUGAUCCCUGGGGGAUCCUUUGGGAAUCCCUGAGCGACCCCAGAGGAAACGGGGGCAGAACUCUCCUGUGUGUCCGGCGUGGUGGCCAGAGUGGUUCAGGAUGGUCAAGCGGGGACUGGACAUUGGUGAGGAGCCUGCCCUGGUUGUGGUUGAGGAAUUCCAGCGGGAUCCUGGAGCAGUGCUAGAAGGGAGAGAGGCUCUGGAUUUGCCUCGGAGCUGGGAAUGCUGGAGGAUCCCAACAGGAAUGGUCAUUCCCACUCCUGUGACUUUGGGAAUGGUCAUUCCCAAACCUGCGACCCCGGGAAUGGUCAUCUGUGACCCCGGGAAUGGUCAUUCCCACUCCUGUGACUUUGGGAAUGGUCAUUCCCUCUCUACGGCCUCAGGAAGACUGUCGGGAUUUGGACUCCAACCUCAUCCUAGUCCUGAUUUUCCGAGGGAGCUCACAGGGAAUUCAAAGAGGAAAAAUGAGAAGUGGUUUCUAUUUUGAGCUCUGGGAUGUGUUAAAAACCCCAACAUCCACCGGAUUUUGGCCCAAGGAGCGAGAAAUUCUGGGGACUCCUCUGUGGAAGGAGCCACGUCCCCACCAAACUUUCCCAUUCCCAUCCUUUCCCACUGAUGCAAGGGAUUUAUAAUCCCAAAUUAUCCCACAGGUCCAAGCUCAUGGAUUGUGACGG